CGAGGUUCUCCUAGGUCAGAGACAUGUCACGUUCUGCGCUAGCCACUCAAGGUAACGAUGCAGAGCAGCCAUAACUUCCCGAAUGGUCGGAUUUGACCUUGGCAGAGAGAAGUUCCGCGUCUAUCACUAUCAACGGUCCGCGUCUUCCGCCGGUGACGCGUUAAUUAAUGACCAUCGAUUUAACGAAACGAGGCUGACCUUGCUAUUAUUUCGACCAUCGUCGUGCCAACGUUCGAUCGCGCGAACUUUUUACACCGCUAAUGUCGAAAAAUAUUUGAGUAAAUAUUUCCAAUUCCAUGCUAAAAUUUGACAGAAAUUUUCGCUGACACGGUUUAAUUAAUAACGAUUUCAUUAAUCCGCUCGAGCAAGAAAUGUAAACUUAGCAAGAUAUUGACGAAACGUUGGUUAGAGCACGCGGGACAAUAGAGGAACAUGUGUCAUUGUGUCAAAAUAUGUCGGUUCGUUAAAUUUAAAUUGAAUUAACCGCCGGUGAAAAAUUGAAUUUACAUAUUGCAUAGCUGUGUCAUAUCGUAAGCUGUGAAAUCCUUUAUCGAAUAGUUUCUUCUUUUCGCGCGUGUACGUAUUCCGUACGUAAAAAAAAAACAUAUACGUGGGCAUUUUCGCGUGACGAGCUAUUUCGAUCGUUGAUCUGUUCCAUCACAUACUUAAACAUCAUCCGUCUGUCUUACACUCACCGUGCUUUCAAAAGGAAAUUAAUAAUAAAGAAUUCAAGCGAGAAGGAGAAACAAAUCCGGACUGAGCGUCUGGAAGCUUCGUUCGCAUUUGAAUCGAUCGCGCUAACCCUUCACCCUUUGUUUACAGGCAGUCGAAACCGUUGUUCAUCAAGCGCGUCAACUUCAGCCGCCACUCUCUCGCUACUUCCGCUGGUCCAUCGCCGGUUCUGUCGCCUCUAGCCAGCCAAUCGCCUUCCGUGCCAAUAACCUAUUAAAAAAAAAAAAGAACCAAUCGAAGAGAAAAUCCUCCUUUACAAAAAAAAAGGAAUAAAAAUAAAAUAAAAUAAAACAGACGGCAGGAGAGGGAAAUUGAAGCAAAGAGAAGAGAACAGAAGAAAAGGGAAGGGAAGAGGAAAGAAGAGAGCUCGAAAGAGAAGAAAGGAGAAAGGGGAGAGGGUGUGGAAGCAGAAGAGUUGGGUCGUGAGGGGUCCAAGAAGCGUAGCGUUUGGGUGUGAUGUGGUGGAGCCCCCCGGGGGGCCGCGAGGGCAGGAGGUUCGAGGCAGAUCGGUCGUGAGGGCCCCAGGUACGGCUCGGUUGCCCUGUGACGAGGUCGCCGGAGGGGCGGGGGAGGAGGUAGGAUGGUGUGACCUCCGGCGUUAUCCCGCCCGACACGAAGGUGGUGCUGGCGGUGACGAAGGCGGUGGUGGAGGAGGUGGCGGUGGAGCCGAGCAGCUGCUGCUCGACUCGCAGGAGGAGGAGCCGACGGCGAUGUCGAAACAGCUUUGCGGUGAACAGGACCACGUGAGCCGUUGCGACCUCCGAGAAAGCGACCUCCGAGAAAGCGACCUCCGAGAAAGCGACCUCCGCGACUUUCGGGACCUACACGAGAUCAAGGAUCCCCGGGACUUUCGAGACUUCCGGGACGUCCGCGAGAUCAAGGACGACAAGGACGACAAGGACGACAAGAACAACCCGGAGAGGAGUCGGGACGAUUACUUGAAUUACGAUCAUCAUCAUCCUACCGCUGCGUCUACCUCAGCAUUCAUCAACAAUCCGAAUGGUAGCUUUAGAAAGGUCCGCGAGCAUGGUCGUUGCGAUAGGUUCGAAGAAGCUUGGAAAGAAAAAGGUCCACUUGAGACGAAGGUCAAGGUGUUUGAUACCACUGUCGCUUGGAAAGUGAUAAGCAGCGGGUAUCAUUAUUACAGGAGUAGACUUGAAGGAGCUUAUGAAUACGAAGCGUGGGACGAGGUACUCCAGUUUGUAUAUCAAGGUCAAGGUUUUUUGGUACCAUUUCGUAAGAAAGGAAUCGAGUCUUUUAGAGUGGUCCGGCGGAAAUGCAAGCUCGAAAUUGAAUAA